AUGCAGAUUUGUAUUCAAAAAAAAAAAAAAAGAAGAAAAGAAAAACAACAACAACAAAAAAAACCCAACUCCUCCAGGAGCGAAGCCAAGCUGGGAGGGGGGGGGAGGGAAGGGGGGGGAGCACCGCGCUGCCGCCUCCCGGCGCCAAUUCUCCACAGAGAAGGAGGCGGGGGGGGGGAAGGGGGGGGGGGGAGGCGAAUCAACCCCCCCCCCUUAAAAAUAAUUAAUAAUAAUAAUAUUUACUCCCAAUUCACCCUUCCGCCGCGCUCCCCCCGAGCCGCCGCCGCCUCCCGAGGCGGGGGAAGUGCCGCCGGCCCCUCCGCGCCUCCCCCCGCGGCCCGGCCCCCGCCUCAGGCCGCCCCCCGCAUCCACCGGGCCUACCCCGACCGCGUCCCCCCCCCCGGCACGGCACCCCGGAGCCCUACAUACCCCCCCCCGCCACCGCCGCCGCCACCGCCGCCCUCCUCCUCAUCCCCGCGCCCCCCCCGCUUCUCCUCCUCCUCACACCCCCGCCCCGGCCCUCCCUCCCCGCGGGCUCGGCGGAGCGACGCCGGGCCGCCCCCUCCUCCCCCUCCUCCUCCUCCUCCUCCUCCCCCCUUUCCCGGGUCACGGGCCGCCGCCGUGCGCGGAGGGAAGCGCGGUGCGAGGGGAGGAAGGGAGGGGAAAGGGGCCGAGCCCAGCCGCCUCUGCGCUCCCCGCGCUGCGCCACAACCGCCCGCCGCCGUCGUCCCCGUCCCCGCCGCGCUCGCUGCCCGUCAGCCCGCCCCGCCCCGCCCCCGCGCCGCGGGGCGCUCCAACAUGGAGGCGGGGAGCGGGGCAGCGCCCGCCGCCCGCCGCGCGAGCAUCUUAAAAUGCAUGUCUGACUCUCCAGGAAUUCCUAGUGCUGCUGUUUGCUGGUGGCUAGGAGGGUUUGUCAGGAGAUGUGACUGCGCUGCUCCUCCUGCCCUCCGCAGGGAUCUGCUGUUAGCCAAGGCCUCGGGCGCAUGGAAUGAGGAGAUGUCAACGUCUUUGUCUGAUGAAAAGCACGUUUUGCAAGGCUUGACAAAUAUGAUAUUUACCUUGAGCCACUGUGUUAUGUAUGUUUUAAAUGUCGGUGGAAGGCUCCGUAGAGCUUGUCACCUGGUGACCUACAAGUGGCAUAUCGAGUCUGCCUUAAUUGCGAAUGAUCUGCCUUUGCAAGAGAACCUGCUUUUUGGAGCAAGGAACCAAGACCGGUUCCAGCCUUUUCAAAGACUGGUGCCCAUGAACAUCUGGGAGCUGGAGAUCAGGGCUUACUCUGGAUCUUUCAAAGUACAGAAGGAAUACCACCGGGCCAGAAACAACCAUUUAGGAGGCAACAGCAACUUCAAGUAG